ACCGGCAGCAUGAGCCCGUCCUUCCUCUUCCUUUUCCUCCUCCUCCUCGCCCUGCCCGCCUGUGCCCGGCGGGAGCGGGUACCCGGUGUGGCUCAGCCGGGCGCCCCCGCGCCUUCAUCUUUUUCCUCUUCCUCCUCCUCCUCUUCCUCGGCGACAGCUGCGGCAGGUCAGAGCCGCUUCCCGCGGAGCCGCCCCGGGCGGCGGCGAGGCCGGUUGUAUUGCCGGGUGGGCAUCGGCUUCCACCUCCAGCUACACCCCGAUGGACGGGUGGACGGCGCCCACGACGCAAGCCCGCUCAGUAUUUUGGAAAUAUUUGCUGUGUCUCAGGGGAUUGUAGGAAUACGAGGAGUUUUCAGCAACAAAUUUUUAGCGAUGUCAAAAAAAGGAAAACUCCAUGCAAGUGCCCGGUUCACAGUGGACUGCCAGUUUCGGGAGCGCUUCCAGGAGAAUAGCUACAACACGUAUGCCUCAGCUGUGCACCGCAGCCCGCACUCGGGGCGACAGUGGUAUGUGGCCCUCAACAAGAGGGGCAAAGCCAAGCGUGGCUGCAGCCCCCGUGCCCGGCCCCAGCAUGUCUCCACACACUUCCUACCCCGCUUCUGGCAGCCCCAGCUCCCAGAGCUCGCCUUCACCGUCACCCUCCCUGAGAAAAAGCUCCCUCCAUCGAAACCAAAGGUUGCCCCAUCCCCACCUCGGAAAAACCCUGAACCCAUCAAGUACCGGCUGAAGUUCCGUUUUGGAUAGUGCACCAUGGUCGGGAUGUAACACAGGAGACACCCAGUGCCUGGGUGUAUUUUGGGGUGACCCCUUGAGAGACCUGCGUCCCUCUUCCCUGGAUGAAUGUGGCAAUACUCCGUGUAGCCAUGUUGGGCUCAGGGUCUUCUCUACAUCCCACAAAGUGAAUGGCAUCCUUGGAGGCAUGCACUGGGGUGAUGUAACUUGGGCUUUCCAAAGAGUAUACCUGCAGUGAAUGGAAAACGCUUGGUGGACAUUGGGUUAGUUUUCUGAUGGUGAAAGGAGCAGAAAGGUACCUCUACAGCAAACAUAUUUUCUUACCUUAUUUUCACUAAUUCUUGAC